AUGACUGAUGAUGGGUCGGGAGAAUCGCUCAAUGGCCGGCUGAACACGAAGCUUCAGGGCCUGCGCCAGCGCACGGCCCAGAUCACCGCGGAGCGCCAGCAGUCGCAGGCGCGCGGGCAGCGCGCUCUCACCCAGCAGCGGGAGGCCAGGGCGCGGUGGAACAGCCUGGACAGCAAGGUCCACGCGCUCAACAGUCAGACCCAGGCACUGGCGCAGCAGCAGGCCGAGGCCGGCGGGGAGGGCGAGGAGGACGAGGUCGGGGCGCGCGUGCUGCAGCUGCGCGGCAAGGUCGCACAGACGCAGAGCGAGAUGAACGACAGGGACGCUGAGCUGGCGGAGGCGCAGGAGAGGGAGGCGAGGGCGCAACAGCAGUACGACCAGUGCAAGGAGCAGACGGCCGAGGCCUCGCGCGCCGUCGCCGCUGCCACGGAGGAGCUGCAGCGGGUGGAGGAGCAGCACGAGGCGGCGGCGGCGGAGCGGUCCAGGGUGCGGCGGCGGCUGGACAGGUGCGCGGGCGGGCGGGGGAAGGGGCGCGAGGGGGAGCCAGGCGCACGGACGCACCCACACGCAUGCUGA